AUGAAUAAUUGUCUUCAAAUCCUUCAAAAGAACGUAAUACCUUACUUAACAUCUUACAAAACGCCACAUAUCACAUUUCCUUAUAAUAUUUGCGUGACUGGACCACAAUACAGUGGAAAGACAACAAUAUGUUCCAUCCUUUCCCAAGCGCUUGAUGUCACAAUAAUACAAGUUCUUGGGGCAAGCACUGAAAAGAAAAAGUCCAAAACAGAAACUCAAGAGCCAGAAGUGCUACUGGAAGAAAAGUAUCCUCUUCCGAAUAUGAAAGUCCUUCAAUAUAUUGAUGAUAAACAAAUUAUUUCCGAAAUAAUUUCUUCAAUGAAUGAGCAGCAUAAAAAUUACGGCUACAUAUUUUCAGGAUUUCCUGUUACAAAAGCUCAAUUCUCAGCUUUAGAAAAAGCGAUUUCAUCUUUAGAUUCCGAUUCAAUACCAAAAUCACCUCGAUCUCCGAGGAAGAAGGCAAAAGAAUCCAAGCAGCCAAUAUCAGGCAUAAUAUUUUCAAUGCAUACUCCAGAAAAAUUCAUGGAAAGAUACGUUGAUCCAAUUACAGGUCACGUUUUUUCUCAAGAUUUCAAUUCUCCAAGCUUCAUGGAAUUAGAAGGAAUACCUCCAAUUGAUUUUGGGAAACGUCUCGAAGAGGUGAUAUCAAGGUUGGUCAAUUAUAAUAUUCCUGAAGAAUAUGAACAAAACCAAAAAACAAUCAGUCAAUUUGCUGCAUUAGAGAGUUCUCUCAAAAAAUCAACAUCAACAUUAAUUAUAAGAACCAAAAAACACUUUAGGGAAAUUAUCGAGCAGAUAGAUGACUUUAUAUCGCCAUAUACGACAAUGAGACCAUGCUCCCAUCUUGUUUCUCCACAAGAGCUGCUCCUUGCGGCACAUUCAUACCUUGCAUUGCAAUCUUGGCAGCAAAUUUUGUUCACUCCUGGCCGAACAAUUGCUGACCAAUCAAAAUUGGUUAAUUCACUUUCAUCAAAAUUAGACGAACUUACAUCAAAUGCAAUUGAUCGUUUCUCUCUUGUCAUUUCUCAACAAGACCACCGAUCUAAACUUGUUGAAGAUUUCAAGAACAAAGAAAUUCCUCCAAAAGAGACAUACACUAAAAUUUGGGAAGAAUCAAUUCUUGUCAGAGACGAGAACUUAUCAAGUGUUGAUGGCGCAAUUGAGUUUGCUGGAAUGAUUGAGCUUGUUCUUGAAAUGAAGAAAGCUCCAAAGAUAGUUUUUAUGGCUUUGGCUAGCAAGCUUUUAUACGGCAUGUGGUUCAGAACUGAAUUUAAGAAUGUUAUUGAUGGAAAGGAAGAACUUCUCAGCCCAUUGAACUUGCUUGCUAAGGAGAUUGAACCACCAGCUGCGCCAAUAUUUGAUUUCCAAGAAGGAAAGUACAAAUUAAUCCGCAGAUCGACAACAGGCUUCGGAUCAGACACGACACUCCCCACAAUUCAUACAACAUCUGCUGCUUUUCCUGCAAGCCAAACUAUAUUUGGCGAUAGCAACAAAUCAAAGAUGCAGCGAUCAAAAGUUAACAUCGAAGAAAGGAGGGCUCUGGCAGAAUUGAAAGGGUUUGAUUACCUUACUGAAGUUAUGCCAUCUUUGGAUAUAAAAAGCAGCCAGAACAUCAAAUUCGAUUUGAAAAGAUUCUGCCAGUGCAUGGGAAUUCCUAUGCUGAAAAUGACAACAAAUUUCAACUCCACACUUCAAUACGCAGAAGAAUUUUUCACUAAACUAAGGGAAAGUGCUCUCUCAGAUGAAUCUUUAAGUAAUGAAUGCACCACAAUGCUUUCUUCAUUCUGA